CCAUUUCAUUCAAAAAAAAAUCUGUAUAAUCUUUCUUUUCCUUUUUCCUCAACUUUAAUUUCUUUCAAUUUUAUCCAAUUAAUCCUUUUUAAUUACGUUCUGUUCUUCAAGUUCCAUAUAAUCUGUUCAUUCAUUCAUUUUCUCUCUCCUAAAAACACCCUAUAUUCUCUCACCAUUCACCAAAGAAGCCUCACUUUGAAUCUAAGCCAUCUUCCCCACUUUUUAACUCCCCACUUCGCCCAUUUUCUUCCAUUAUUUUUUUACUCACUUGCUUACCGUUACUAUAAUUUCAGUCACUAAUUACACCAUUGAACUCUGUGUCAAUUCUUUUUGUUAAUUUUUUCUUGAAAUUCCCACUUCUCCAAGUUAGUGAAAUUCCUGUCGUUUCUUUGUUUUGCUCUAUUAACUUCUGGGUUUUUUUACUUCUUAAUUCGAUAAGUUCUUUGGUUGGUGGAUUUUUUGUAUGAAUUUGAUUACCAAAAUUAGUGGGUAAACUACGAUAAUGGGAGCAUUAAAUUGGGUUCUGCUUCAAUUAGCCAUUUUUGGAGCUUUGACUGUAAAUUGCCACUCUUUUGUCUCAGUUGAAGUUUGGGCAUUAACUGCAUUUAAAGAAGCUAUAUAUGAAGACCCUUAUCUGGUAUUGGCCAAUUGGAACGGGUUAGAUGCAACCCCUUGUCAAUGGUCUGGUGUUUCUUGCUCAAUGGCUAAAGACCAUGUUGUUAAAUUGAAUAUUUCUGGUUCAUCUCUGAAGGGAUUUAUUGCUCCUGAAUUGGGUUUACUGACCAAUUUACAAGAAUUAAUUCUUCAUGGGAAUCAUCUGAUUGGGAUUAUACCGAAAGAAAUUGGCUUAUUGAAGAACCUUACUGCAUUGGAUCUUGGGGCAAAUCAGUUUUCCGGGCCCAUACCUCAUGAAAUAGGGAACUUGAGUAGCAUCAAGAAGAUUAACCUUCAGUCCAAUGGGUUGACAGGAAUGCUACCUCAUGAGCUUGGUAAUUUGAAAUCUCUUCAGGAGCUUCACCUGGACAGAAAUAAGCUCCAAGGAAAUGUAAUUGGUCUUGCCAAUGCGAAUUCUGAAUCCAAUAUGCAUGGAAUGUUUGCAUCAAAUGGGAAUGUAAUAGGUCUUUGUCGCUUGCCUCAGCUAAAGGUUGUUGAUUUGUCAUACAACUUCUUUGGUGGCACAGUCCCGAAAUGCUUGCUACAUCUGCCAAGCGCAAACUUUCAGGGUAACUGUCUUGAUGAAAAGAGUUUAAAACAGCGUUCAGAUGCACAAUGUGGAGCUGCAAUAUCUGCCAAAGGCCAUACAAAUCCUAGUGGCAACACAAAGGGAAAGUCUCGAGAAAGUGAAACCAAGCACCAGAAAUCGAGACCUACUUGGCUUUUAGCUUUAGAAAUUGUAACUGGGACCAUGGUUGGUACUCUCUUAAUCACUGCUCUGAUAACUACUUACAAAAGAUUUAACAAUAAAUCAUCUAUGAUUAUCCCUUGGAAGAAAUCUGGAAGUGACAAAGAACGGUUGGCAGUAUAUAUUGCUGAUUCUGAGUUGUUGAGAGAUAUUCAUAGAUACAACAGACAAGAGCUUGAAGUGGCUUGUGAAGACUUCAGCAAUAUCAUUGGAUCUUCCUCUGAUAGUAUGAUUUACAAAGGCACGAUGAAAGGUGGAUCUGAGAUUGCAGUGAUAUCCUUCUGCAUCAAAGAAGAGCAGUGGACUGGCUAUCACGAGCUUUAUUUCCAGAGAGAGGUGGCAGAUUUAGCAAGAUUAAAUCAUGAGAACGCUGCUAGGCUCUUAGGGUAUUGCCGAGAGAGUCCUCCAUUCACAAGGAUGCUUGUUUUUGAAUAUGCAUGUAACGGAACUUUAUAUGAGCACCUGCAUUCCAUAUUUGCUGAUGGAGAAGGCUGCCAGCUGUCUUGGACACGGCGUAUGAAAAUCAUAAUUGGUAUCGCUCGUGGAUUGAGAUAUCUUCAUACGGAACUCAACCCUCCCUUUACUAUAUCCGAGCUGAAUUCUAGUGCUGUAUAUCUUACAGAAGAUUUUUCACCCAAGCUGGUUGAUUAUGAAAGCUGGAAGACUAUCAUUGCAAGAUCAGAGAAAAAUUCAUCAGCCAUAGAUAGUAAUGGUGCUAUCUGUGUUCUGCCACGCUCAUUUGAGGCACGUCAUCUAGACAUAAAGGGUAACGUUUAUGCAUUUGGAGUACUACUACUUGAGAUAGUCAGUGGCAGACCACCCUUCUCCAAAGACACAGGAAGCUUGGUAGAUUGGGCUAGGGAGUACCUUGAGGUACCUGAGGUAAUGUCCUAUAUUGUAGAGAAAGAACUGAAGCAUUUUGAAUAUGAGGACCUUAAAGCGGUUUGUGAGGCAGCAAGUCUUUGCCUGAAUCCUGAUCCAGUCAAACGACCAAUGAUGCACGACUUGUGCACUUUACUGGAGAGCCGCAUUGAUCUGUCUGUGUCAGCUGAGCUCAGAUCAUCUUCUUUGGCGUGGGCAGAGCUGGCUCUCUCGACAUGAUAAUAGUUGACACUAACAUACUGUAAAGCAAAUUAUAGUCAUCUUUCUCACCCCGUCUUUUCUCACUGGGAUUUCUUCGUUGAAGAAUGUAUAAAGUUUUUUGCCACGUCUGGCUUAGGAAAUAUAUAGAAAAGCUACACGGAUGCCAUAGGUGCUCCUGUCCUGAUUGUACACUGAGAAUCUUGCUACUAGAUUGAUGAUAUUACUAAAGUAGAUGAAGAUCUCUGUGUAUUACCUCA